CUAACUGCCGAAAAUGCAGACUUGACCCGCCAAGUCGAUGAAGCCCUUCAACGGCAGGCUGAACUUGGCAUGCAGAUGAAAGAGCUACAGGAGCGAUACGCUGAGCUGAGGAGUAUGUUUUGUGACGCUGAAGAGGAGCUGAGCCGUUUUCGAUCAGCACCACCGAUGAGAGCAGGCUCGGUCGAUUCAUUGUAUGAUUCCUUAGCCUCUGAGCUAGAAAAUAGCGAUAGUGGAUUUUCGAGUACCCCAGCUGCAAGUGCAAGAGCUGGCGAUGCUCUAAGUUUACGCCUUGAGCUGCAGAAGACAGCAGAA